CAGCUUUAACAAGGGAGGAGCCAGUUCCCAUAGAGAGUAAGGAACAACAGACUGGGGGAUUUUGUCAUCAACAGACAGACUUUGCUUUCUUUAUUGCAAGGGCAAAAUCUCAUGUUGUCUUUCUCUCCUAAUGUCAGUGGGACUUAAGCCCAAACAAGGGGACAUAGGAUUGGAGCAUGAGCACAGACGAGCUUAAUGCAACAGCAUGACAGAGCUGCACGAAGCUGUAGCAUUGGGCAAUUGUGACUUGGUGGAUGAGAUUCUCAAGACAGGGCUGUGUGACCCAAAUUGCAAAGAUAUUUAUUGGAGUGACAGAACACCACUGCACUGGGCUGCAGCAAAAGGGCACUCAAAGAUAAUAAAACUGCUUGUGGAGCAUGGUGCUCGCCUGUGCUUGAGAACUGAAGCAGGAUGGACGGCAGCUCAUUUUGGGGCUGAAUCAGGGAAACUAGGAGUGUUGAGAACCCUUCAUUCUCUGCAUGCUCCUAUUGAUGCUGCAGAUCUCUAUGGGGACACACCCAAGAGGAUCGCAGAGAUCUACGGACACAAAGAUUGCGUCACGUUCUUAAAGGUGGCAGAGGUAGAGUGUAGGGAGUUCUGUCAGAGAGCAAAAUUAAAGGGGACUCAGCUGGACCUGGAGGACGAAGAUUGGGAGCGUAAAAAGGCAGAACCUUUGAAAAAUAAAGCCUACACACAAAAGAAACCCACAAAAAAGCAUGUGGGGAAAGACGAUGAUCCAACUCCUAGAAAUUCUAACAACAGGAGAUAACAUAUUGCUGUAUAAAUCACACUGAAGAAAGAGAUGCUGGUGAUCAGAGAUAAAGAAUCCAGGAGGUGAAUGUAAAGGAAGGGAUUGAAGUUUGCAAACCUUCCCACUGUGGAAAUGCUCAAGCAAACAGCAAAUCGGAGGUCAGAACAACGAAAAACCAGAGUAUAGCACUGCUUUAUUGACAUGGCUAGAGCUUGUAAAGCAGGUCCAGAACCAGACCACCUUUGUGCAAUUUCUAUAGCUUUGCAAGAAACAUGUAGAUUGCUAUAACAGCCCAUAUUUUAUUUUCUAAAUCCGAGUGUCUCCAAUUAUACUUUGACUUCCAAGUACAAGGAACGCAAUUAAUGGUUGUGCCAAUGCCCAAAAUUUAGAAAACUGCAACAAUGGACUGUUGUCAGACUUUGGGGGAUCGGAUCCCUCCCCCUGUGGCAGCAAAUAAGCAGAUAAAACGAAAGGAGUGUUCUUACCAAAUAAGUUCUUUAAUGAUCACAGCAAGAGACAAAGGAAUGCAUAUCUCUCUAAAAAAUGGCGUUGCUCCCAGUAAAGUUUCACCCCCUCCGUCCCCAUUAAUUUACGUCACUCCUACGUUGGGUAAUCUGAGCUUGUCGCUGCUGAGCUCUCUGUUCUAUCACUCUCAGAGCCCGUCUAGUCUUGGGCGAAGGGGGGGGGGGUCAGGAAUGCUGUCCAAGGACACUGAAUCUGCCAGCUGUCUCUCUCUUGGCGUUUCCUCUUCUAGCUGCUCCUCCCUCAGUAUUUUCCAGCUUUUCCCUCUGGACUAUGUCCCUCUGCAAACCACUGUUCUAAAUCAAUACUGUCCUCCUGCCCUUGGGAAGGUUCAGAAAAAGGGGGGUUGGCUCCCAUCAUUCCUCCUCAGUCCAGCUCCUGACAACUGUUAUCCUUUAAAACAGCUUUUCCACUCAGGAGGAAAAUCUUCAUGCCACAUCCUUAGAAUAUGGAAGUUGGAUGAACAGCCACUGAGCUUUCAGACUUGUCCAGAGAAAACAAACCCACUGAGUUAUAUCCAUCAUAAUGAAGCUCCAGGUUUCUGAGAAAUGUAAAUAUGGAGAGUAUUCUUUUCACAGGCAUGGUGUCAUAUGCUCAGUUUUGCAUGCUUAUGUAGAAAAGCUAAGUACCAUGGAUAACAGCGUUUAAAAACCAUAUGAGAAACAUGGUGCGUUUCAUUAACUCUGUGGAAACCUGAAGGUUGGAGUUCCAGAUGCUAUAAUAAACAAAAACUUAUCUUGCUAUGCUUCA